AUGGAGCGACAGGAACAAGGGGGCGACGACGACAUCGAGAUCAUCAGCCAAGCCUCCGACGAUGGCGGUGGCAUCGUCGUCGUCCCCCGUCAGCGCCGCCAUGGCAAUGGCGGGGCUGGGGCAGGCCUGCGCGUGUCGCCACGCACGGAGAGGAGACUGUGCGCCGCCGAGGCGGCCCUGAGGUUCGCGGUGUGCGUCCUCGCGCUGGUCGCGGCCGUGCUGCUCGCGGUGAACAGGGAGACCCAGGAGUUCCUGGGAUUGUUCGUGAAGGUGGCCCGGUACACGGACAUGCCAUCGCUCGUGGUCCUGGUGAACACAAACGGUAUAGCGGCGUCCUACAACCUCCUCCAGGGAGCGAGGUGCCUGGUGAGCACGGUCAGAGGCAGGGCGCUCGUCAGCCGGCCAAUGGCCUGCGCCUUCCUAUUCUGCGAUCAGGUGAUAGCCUACGCCACGCUCUCGGCACUGGCGGCAGCACUGGUGUCGUCGAUGGUAAGCAAGGUCGGCCAGCCGCAGUUCGGGUGGAUGAAGACGGCCGACCUUUACAAGAGGUUUAGCAUGCAGGCCGCCGGCGCCAUCGUCUGUGCCCUCGUUGCUGUCGUGGGCAUGGUCGUUGUCUCGGCCAUGUCGGCGUUCAACGUGUUUCGAUUGUACGGAGCCGGCAAAGGCAGAAACAUAUAA